GGCGGGUUGUUACAGCGCGUGCGAAUAGAGUUAUAAACCAGGGGCCCUCCCCUAGGUCGACUCGGCCUUUAAACGAGUUCCCAGCACGAACUGUGCGAACGUCAUUGGCGGAGAGACAAAGGCGGUCGGGCGUGGUGAUGCUGGCCGCCCCAUCACGGCUCGUAGGUGCUGUCCUGACGCUUCCCCUAAACCCCACCCCACAGAUCCCAACCCUAGCCCGGCUGAUACACACCAGGACGGUUCCAUUACGAUUCAUAUCGGGCCAUUGUGCUAAAUGUGUGGCUGUGACUCUACACACGGAUCUGGGGGAUCUGAAGCUGGAGCUGUUCUGUGAGCAGGCGCCACGUGCGUGCGAGAACUUCUUGGCGUUGUGUGCGAGCGACUACUACAAUGGCUGCAUCUUCCACCGCAACAUCAAGGGCUUCAUGGUGCAGACCGGAGACCCCACAGGAACCGGGAAAGGAGGAAACAGCAUCUGGGGGCGCAAGUUCGAUGAUGAAUUCAACGAACACCUCAAGCACAACGUGCGGGGCGUGGUGACGAUGGCCAACAGUGGCCCCAACACCAAUUCCAGUCAGUUCUUCAUCACCUACGCCAAGCAGCCGCACCUCGACAUGAAGUACACCAUCUUCGGCAAGGUGAUAGACGGUCUGGACACUUUGGACGAGCUGGAGAAGAUCUCUGUCCAUGAGAAGACAUUUCGGCCGCUCACAGACGUCCGGCUCAAAAGCGUGCGCAUCCACGCCAACCCCCUCGCUCCGUGACCGCCGUGUCACAACCGCCUCGCAACCACCACCACCGCCACCACCGCCACCACCACCGCCACCACCACCGCCACCACCACCGCAUCCACUCCAACCCCCUCGCUCCGUCACUCCGUGCUGGUUGACGAGCAAUAAAGAUCAUGACACGCAAUCAGGAGGGGAUGGGUUUGAAUCCCUGGGCAAGGUUAACUCUGCUAGGUAUCAUCAUCAGCAGCAGGAAAUAUCAGCAGCGGUAUCAUCAGAAGCAAUAUCAUCAUCAGCAGCAGCAGCUGCAAUCUUGUAUCUUCAUUGAAAGUAAAUAUCUCACCCAGUGUCUCAAUGUAACCCACAGCGUGAUUGUUCAAUGUAAAUAAAUUCCAAUUUUCACUCAAAACGUGGAACUCAUCUUAUUACGCCGCAAGAGGGGGUAAUUGAACCACUGCUGGUGAAAAUACAUUUUGGGAUGAGAGGACUUGGAGCUCAGUAGCACGGUGUGUAUCGUCAACCCCCCGUCCCCUGUGACUGACAGGUGUGGGAAGGCCUUCAUCCAGCAGUGGAUUGACGAAAGGGAUGUAAAUAAUGCCGGUAAAAGCUCUGCUGUCCGUCAUCCAUGGGGAAUGGAGGGUGUCUGGGAAUCAAAUUUGCCGGUUAUCUGAGAGUUAUUCUGAGGUUCACCAACUUUUACAAGCACCUAAAACGUUGCAAGAAAGAAACUUCAGCCUACAUUUUAACGAUGUGAGAAAUAAUCUUUUACAGAGGUACUCACCAGUCAGUUGUAGAACAUUAUAAGUUGAUUGUAGAGAAGCGGUAAAACCGUUUAGAGUAUCCUGCGGUGGCGAGAUGUUAAAUACCUUGCCUGGUAUGUACCAUGUCGUCGGUUCGAUCCUGACCCUGGUUCCUGUCUAUUUGGAGUUUGCAUGUUCUCCACGUGGUCGUGUGGAUUUUUCUACGGGUCCUCCGUUUUUUUCCUCCACAUUUCGAAACAUGCUUUUAUUUGGCUGAUAUCAAUUUCCAUGUGAUGACAAGCCACUUUGUUCAGCUAUCAUUUGUGGCCGGGUCGCUUCUUAAAAAGAGCUACACAUCUCAAUAGCCCUUUCCUGUUCAAUAAAAAUAGUUUAGUUUUAGUACAGUACUGUAUGUACAGACUGCCGCUAGUGCCACCUGAAGCUCUCGUUCACAGCGGAUCUACGAAAAGCACACGGCAAGAUGCUGGAUGGCUGUCGGAACUUGUCCGGAUACGGUGAAGGAAGAUUUUGUGUUGCUGUUUAUGGAUUUGGAGGGGUGUCAAUGGGCUGCGGGGCGUCCUGGGAUCCCCCAGGGCCCCGCCCCUCGGUUGGGAGGUGUAUAAAAGGCGGACCUCUCUACAGGCUCGGGACCAGUUGAAGACAGAAGCCGAAGAGCAGCGAGAUAGAACCCUGAGACCCCUAGCCCCACUGCCCUUGUCAGGGCCGGGACGCUGUGCGGCUCAGUGGUGAGACCCUGGGAACCUCUGGCCCGACGUCCUUGUGAGGGCCGGGUCCAGUGGGUCUGGUCGGAACUUGCACCCUGGCUCGGGCGAGCUAGAAUCGCCUCCCCAUAAGCACCCGUAGCCGGAGGACCCCAUCCUGUGUUAGGGCACGUUAGCCCGGAGGCAGUACCUCCCCAGACAGCGGUGUAGGAGGACCCUGAGUGUAGUCCUGUGUCAGGGUGAGUCAGUCCUGAGGCAGUACCUCCCCAGACAGCAGUGUAGGAGGACCCUGAGUCUAGUCCUGUGUCAGGGUGAGUCAGCCCGGAGGCAGUACCUCACCAGACAGUGGUGUAGGAGGACCCUGAGUCUCGUCCUGUGUCAGGGUGAGUCAGCCCUGAGGCAGUACCUCCCCAGACAGCGGUGUAGGAGGACCCUGAGUGUGGUCCUGUGUCAGGGUGAGUCAGUCCUGAAGCAGUGGCUCACCCAGACAGCGGUGUAGGAGGACCCUGAGUCUAGUUCUGUGUCAGGGUGAGUCAGUCCUGAGGCAGUACCUCCCCAGACAGUGGUGUAGGAGGACCCUGAGUCAAGUUCUGUGUCAGGGUGAGUCAGUACCUCCCCAGACAGUGGUGUAGGAGGACCCUGAGUCUAGUUCUGUGUCAGGGUGAGUCAGCCCUGACACAGUGGCACACCAGACAGUGGUGUAGGAGGACCCUGAGUCUAGUUCUGUGUCAGGGUGAGUCAGCCCUGACACAGUGGCACACCAGACAGUGGUGUAGGAGGACCCUGAGUCUAGUUCUGUGUCAGGGUGAGUCAGCCUAGAGGCCUCCCCAGACAGUGGUGUAGGAGGACCCUGAGUGUUGUUCUGUGUCAGGGUGAGUCAGCCCUGAGGCAGUACCUCACCAGACAGUGGUGUAGGAGGACCCUGAGUCUAGUUCUGUGUCAGGGUGAGUCAGCCCAGAGGCAGUGCCUCCCCAGACAGUGGUGUAGGAGGACCGUAGCCCUGAGUGUUCUGGGACUGUACUGCCGGGCGUGGUGUUAAUAAAUAGUGUUGCCUCCAAGAACCGUCUCCGACGUCUCCCGAAUCCACAACACGACAGAUUGAUGCCGGUUAAUUGAGCAUUCCAGAUGGUAAAGUGCCGGAGAACAGACCUUUUGCCGUAUUACGUUGCUGUGUGUGAGAGUGCGUGUCAAUGUGUGGGUAGCGGUGGCGGAGAGCCAUGCAGCGCUGCAUGAAUGAGUGGUGGUCGUGGAUUGCUGAGGAGAUGGAAUCUGCCUCGGUCGCCCACGAUCACAAAUCACUUUAAUUCCACCAAAAAAGUAACUUGCAACGACACGCCUAUUGCCAUACUUAGGGGAAAUAUAAAAUGGUCCUAUCUCUGACCCCCAGGAACAGGUUUGCAGGUUUUCAGAGCAUAUCUGUGAGAUCUUGGGGGAGGGGAAAUCCCUCAGCCCAGAAAACAUCAUGGGACAAAGUGGGGAUGACCCUGCUGAGGCUGCUGUGCCUCAAAUAUUGGAAGUCACCCUCUUCUUGGUUCUUUCGGUAAAGUCACGUAGGUAUAAAAUAAAUCACGACGUUUCGGGCGCAACACAAGCGUCCAUCAUAUGUGUUGCGCCCGAACCAAAGAGUAUGGAUCCCUGCAGUCACGAAAGCUUCAAAAUCAAGAAAGAGAAGUAUUAUUGAUCCGGAGUCUAAGACUAGGAAAGAUACCGAGCAGAGAUGAUCUCCCAAGCCAAAUGUUGAGGGAGGGUGGCGUUUGUGCACAGACUGCCCUACAUGACAUCAUAACAACAGUCUGGACCACUGGACGGGUUCCGCAGGAUUGGAAGGAUGCCCUGGUGGUCCCCCUCUUUAAGAAGGGGGACUGCACAAACUAACAACUACAGGGGCAUCUCACUCCUCAGUGUGCCGGGAAAGGUCCUGGCAAGGAUUGUUCAACAUCGCCUUGCUAGGCACGCUGAGGAGAGGCUUGCGGAGCCCCAAUGCGGUUUCAGGAAAGGGCGGUCCUGCACAGAUGCCAUAUUUUCUGUCCGUCUGCUACAGCAGAGGUGUAGGAAAUUCCAACAAGACCUACAUCUCUGCUUUAUUGACCCGGUCAAGGCCUAUGAUACCAUCAGUAGGUCUGGGCUCUGGGUUGUUAUUUGUGCUUUCGGAGUCACUUACCCUCUGCUCACGAUCAUUAAGGACCUUCAUGAUGGUGGUCACGCCCGGGUACUUGGUCGGGAGUUGGAGACAAUUAAAAAUAGGUUUUACACUAGAUUUGAAGCUUUCGUGACUGCAGGAAUCCAUACUCUUCGGUUCUUUCGAUAAAGUCACGUAGGUAUAAAAUAAAAUAAAUCACGUUUCGAUUGCAACACAAGCAAUCAUCAUCAGGUGGGAAAACCACAACUGUGGAAUCCCUGUAGUCACGAAAGUUGAAUCGAAAUUUAAUCUUUUGUUGUAGUUUGUGCCUCUUGUUUUCUUACCAUUUUAUGAUUUGUCUGUUUACCCCACCCCACCUUUUGACCUUUGACUGGCUGCUUUCGAUCAUCAUGUUUUUGUUUGCACGCCCCCCCCCUCUGCCUUCGUGGUGUUGCUAUCUCAAGGGUAGACACCUUCCCUUCAUGCGUAUUUUAUUGCUACCAUGUGUUGUGUCAAAUUGUUGGAAGACAAAGGUGGACGGGAGGCUCUGAUUCCAUGGAAUACAUAUUAUCUGGUCUUAAAUUUCGAUUUAUCUGGUCUUGUGUGUUUGACCUAUUUUCCUUGCAUCUCUUUUGAGCUACCCUAGGUCUAAUACCUCAUCAUUAUUAAUUGGUUUAUGUUUAACCAAGAUUCGUGAUGUAUCAUAAUUUUUACCACAGGGUAUUCUGAGGGUUUUGCUAAGCUUUGUUCUCAGUCUGUGUCGCCAGGGAUCGGUGCUUUAUUCUAGAGUUAUAUUUCGAUAUCCUGAGGUUGGAGAUAGAAGUCUUGAGUUAAGCUUUCGUGAUUGCCGGAAUUCAUAUUCCUUGGUUCUUUUGGUAAAGUCACGUACAUAGAAAGAUUCAAUAAUAAACAAUAUAAGAGGUGAAUAAGGGUGAAAUAAAAUAUGUAAUAAUAAAAGCCACUAAUGUAGACUGCAGUCUAUAAUGUCGAUUUAUUCUUGUCGCUAAGUUUCGAACUUUCACCGUUAAAGAAAACUCCAGUUGUAAUGUCCGUUUUCCCCUGCUCUGUGUCAGGAGCAGUGGCGGCUCCUGCAAAAUCUCUCAGGGGGGGCAAAUGUCUGGAUGAUUGAUAAGGAUAAGGUCCACCCAUGCAAUGGAUAAAUUAACAGCUUAAGCAUGUAAAGGCAACUUCACUUCUUUAA